UCCCUCCAAGAAUACUCUCUUCUUCUUCUUCCAAAGAAAACCCAAGAAGAACGAUGCUGAAAGCCGUUAAUGGCUUCUUCGGGAAGAAGAAAACAAACCCUUCUUUCAAAGACUACUACUUAGACUGGUUCAACCAACUCAAGAACAACCACCUCCCGAGUCUCCGCCGCUCAAUCCACGACUCCUCCAUAGCCCAACUCUCCACCCAAGUCGACAUCGUCCGCCACCACUUCCACUCCUACUACGACGCUCUCGACCUCGCCGCCUCCGACGACGUCACUCAGCUCCUCUACCCCGACUGGCGUAACCCGCUAGAGAAGCCCUUCCUCUGGCUCGGCGAUCUCCACCCUUAUCUCUUCACCAACCUCCUCCGCUCCUUCUUCGACGACGGCGACGACGAAGACGGCUCCGAAGAAAACGACACCGUUUUCGAGAAACUCGCCGGGGACGUAUUGUUUAGCGAGGUGGGAGAGGUUUUCAACCGUCCUUGGCACAUCGUCAUGGCGUGGAAGAACCCGUCUGAUGUCUUAAUGGGCCGGAUCGAGCAGAUUGAAUGUGGGCUUAGGCUUAUGGUCCCAGCUUUGGGCCUUCGAGCUAGGAAGGCCCAAGGUGGGCUUGUGGAAACGGUGGCUGGGGAUUGGGCCCGGAGGAGGGAGGUGGCGGGUGAGGUGGUGGAGAAGGCGUUGGGGAGUGAAAUGGAGGAGUUGGCGGCGGUGUUUGUCGACGCUAAUAGGCUUCGCCGGAGUGUUUUGGCUGAGAUUAUUGGGGCCACAAGUGUUUAUCAGGCUGCUCUGUUUCUUGAAGGCCUGGCCCAAUUUCUUGUUGGGUUUAGGGACCCUGAUUUGGUUUCUGACUUUCUAACUUGCAAGACUCCUCUCACUCUCACUAAAAUUUCUUAGAUUUUUCUUUUUGAGUUCAUGAAAAAUGUUCAUAUUUUCUUCUGAAUGCAUUGGGGUAGAAUUGUUUGUUCUUGUGUUCUAUGUAGUUAGUUUAGUUGAUUAAUUUGGCUUUGUUACUAGUGUUGGUACACACACAAAAUUAGCCUUUG